GGUGCACCGGGGUCACCGCCCCACGCCUGUCACGCCGGCGGCACAAGCACCCGGAGGGACCUGACCCGCUCCCUGAGCUGCUGCGGCGGGACCUCCCUCCUUCCCGCAACCUGACAGGACAACCCUUCCCCGCCCGUUCUGCCCGGCCCCGAGAGAACCGCAGCGGCGCGCAGGGCAUUUGCUCUUAAUGACUUAAAGAGAACCCAGAUAGUGUUGUGCUACUUCUGAUUUUUAUAGGCUGUUGGAUUCUUCUGAGUAUACAAGUGCUAAGAAGCAGGAUUUAUGGCAUACACCAUGGUGGAUCUGUGCUGGAAGCUGUCUGUCUGGUUUUUUUGCUACCAAAUAGUUUCAGGAAGAGUUAAGAGAGAGGGGCAUUAUGUUGCAGCUGUGUAUGAACAUGAGUCCAUACUGAGUCCUAACCCCACAGCCCUUGUUGAUCGCCAGUCUGCACUGGAACUCAUGGGCAGGAACCUGGACAUUUAUGAACAGCAAGCAGUGGCUGCUGCAAGACAGGGGGCACAGAUCAUUGUUUUUCCUGAAGAUGGAAUCCAUGGCUUCAACUUCACCAGAAGUUCUAUUUAUCCUUACUUAGAUUUCGUUCUGCAUUCACAGUCUGAGAAGUGGAAUCCAUGCAGAGAGCCACAUUUGUUCAAUGACACAGAGGUUCUUCAGCGUCUGAGCUGCAUGGCACUGAAGAACAAAAUAUUCCUUGUGGCAAACUUAGGAACUAAGCAGCCCUGUGAGCAUGCUGAUCCUCUCUGUCCACCUGAUGGAAGAUACCAGUUCAAUACCAACGUGGCAUUCAAUGAUGAUGGUGUGCUGGUGGCCACCUACCGCAAACACAAUCUGUAUUUUGAAGAUGCUUUUGAUACCCCUCCAGAGCCUGACUAUAAAUUCUUUGAUACCCCUUUUGCUGGCAAGUUUGGUAUGUUCACGUGCUUUGAUAUACUCUUUUUUGAGCCUGCAGUGAACCUCAUAAGACAAUACAAUUUGAAACAAAUUGUGUAUCCAACUGCCUGGAUGAACCAGCUCCCACUCCUGUCUGCUGUAGAAUUUCAACAAGCUUUUGCAACAGCUUUCAAUUCAGCAGCCAAUAUCCACCACCCUACCUUGGGCAUGACAGGGAGUGGCAUAUACACUCCAGUCAAAUCCUUCAUCUACCACGACAUGGAAAGUUACGGUGGCAAGCUCAUAGUAGCAGAAAUUCCUGUGAUUACCACAGAUUACAAAACCCAUUUGGAAAGUAAUGAAAGAUUCAGAGAUGACUUACAUUACUCAUGCAAGACUUUUAGAACAGCCUCAGUGGAUGAUCAAGUUUGCCCUAUGGGGGGACAGGAGGCCCCCAGCAGAGUAUCAGAAAAAGGAAAUGAACAGUCACCUCCCCUGUUUUAUGCAGAAAUGAUGUAUGACAACUUUACUUUUAUUCCUGUAUGGAAGGAACAAGGAGAGGUCCAGGUUUGUGCCAAUAGCCUCUGUUGUUACUUAAAGUACCAGAGAGCUGUUUUAACCGAUGAAUUAUAUGCUUUGGGAGUUUUUGAUGGGCUGCAUACAGUGCAUGGCACAUACUAUGUCCAGGCCUGUGCAUUAGUCAAAUGUGGAGGUCUCAGCUUUAGCACUUGUGGACAGGAGGUUACAGAUGCCACUGCUCUGAUAGAUUUCCAGCUAUGGGGAAAUAUGAGUACCCCUUAUAUCUUUCCUCUACUGCUGACAUCUGGUAUUACCUUGGACUUUGCUGAUCACAUGGGCUGGAAAAACAACCACUAUUUCAUAAGCAAAAAUAGAACAUCUUCUGGCCUACUGACAGCUGCUCUCUAUGGACGGUGGUAUGAAAAGGACUAGCACAGAUAUUUGCUGGAAUCAGAAAACAACUGCCUGUAUGUUCAGAAUAUGCAUCUCAGCAUAAAUUAUUGAACAUCUCUACUUCUUAGAGCUGCAGGUAUGUUUGUUACAUGACAAAUGAUUAGAUUCCACAUUUGAAAUGGUAAGUGUAGCACUUAACCUAAGAGGCAUUAAGUACAGUUUGUACCUUUGUCACUUACGUUCUACCAGACGUAAAUGAAUUGCCUUGCAAAGAUACAGGCUUUUUGUAAUUUGUUAUUUUCCCACUAUUGGGAAAAUAACGUUUCUCAUCUCAACCAAAUGUGUUCCUUUUAAUUGAAUAGGGUGUUCUGACAUCCUGGCUAGGAGUAUGG